AUGGCAGAGAAUCCAGAGGACACUGGACAUGAUGGUGGGACAACACCCCCAGCAGAAGAAACAACAGGAUUUGAUGAUGACACAAAAAGAGGUGAGAGGAAGAAAGAUGGUGAUGUCAACUGAUAAUCCGCAGAACAUACGGUUUUUCUUGGUCUUUUUUAAACACAGUCUUGAGUAACAUCCUCUUCCCUACAAGAGCUAUUCCUUCUAGAGGCAUAGCUAGGACUUUUUUACAGAGGAAAAGUGACCUUCUCGGAUGUGCGGUGUGCAUGGUGGGACGGACUCCCUGCAAAAUGUCCUCUUUUCAUCCCAAGUUUUCUCUUCUCUCUCUCUCUGAUUUAAGUUGUAAAUGAUUGGAAGGAUGAAUAUAAAGAAAUACAAAUAAAAUGUUACAAGUAAAUGAAAGGCAUGACUUUGAACCUCUUACCGAAGGCCUGGAUUCUAUAUCCCAUAAUACAACGACCAGAGGUUCUAUAUAUGUUAGCUAUCUUUUUUGUGUAUGUAAAAUGGCUUUAUUAUCCUUAUUCUAAUGCAGCAAUAGCAGAAGUGUUCAAGAUAGACGGCGACCAGGCAUGCGAGAACAAAGAUUUUAUUGAAGCGGUACGGCUUUAUAAAGAGGCACUUAAUGUUCAAUGCAAGGAUGACAGUUUGAAUACUGAGCUGAAGAAAGGUGAGCAAAAGACAUCACGUUUGUAAACGCUACCCUCCAUGUGACCGCGGAAACAAACAAUUGCGUAAUCGCUACCAUACUACCACUAGCACUAGCAACACAAGCUACAGCUACUGCUAACUCUUUUGCUGCUUCUGCCGCUGCCACUACAACCACCACCACCGCCAUUACCUCUGUAACUACCAUUCCAGUACCACUACCACAAGCAGUACCGCCACCACCACCCCACCACCUCUAUUAGGGCAGUCCCGAUUGCGCUGGGCACUUUUUCGAGUUUGGAGCACUAUUGUACAUUUCCAUCACUCUUGAGCACUGUAAUGACUUUUGACCAGAAUCUGAACAUUAUUUUGCUAUUUGGGCAACAUCUAAGCACUUUUUUUUUUUGCAAUUUUCGGCAUGUGUGUCAUGCGAUAUUUGUCUUCGAAACGUUUUCAGUGAACCGAAUACCUUAUAUUACAUGAAAUUUUCGCGAAUUUCGAGAUACCAAAAAAUCGCGAAAUUAAAGUGACGCGAACAAUGAGUGCCGCGAACAUAACGUGAACCGAAAAUUAAGUGUUGAGUGACUCACAUUUCCGGGGGGAUAUUUCCUUAUAAGAGGCUAAUGGGGAUGUGCCGAUGGAUGGGAUCGCAUUUUCACGACCGGAUUGACUAUAAUGGGGUCGCAUUUUCAAUAGAGUUACUAGAAUGAAGUCACACAUUCUCGGAUUUUUGAGGUAAGAAAGUUCAUUAUAUUUAUGGUAAGCAAACGUACCAGAAUGUGGUACUCUAGGUGAAAAGUAAAGUGUUCUUCAUUCAAUUUAAAAAAAUGGGUCAAAAUGGUGUUUCACUUCUAGUUCGGAAAAGUUAAGAAAAUAGAGGGUUAAAGCUUUGAUAAAACUAAGAAUAUUUAUGAACAUUUGCUGGGAAAUAAUUAAAACCUACGAGCAACUUUCGAACACUAUCUCGAAAUUUCAAGCACUUUUUCAAAAAUUCGCGUACUACUCGAGCACUUUUUUUGCCAUGUUUUGAGCACUUUUGACGAAUUUUCCAGCGCAAUGGGGACAUGCCUCAGCAUGCCUAACCACUAUCACUACUACUACCAAGACCACUACCACCACCACUACCAUCUAACCCUAACCCCAGCCCCUACCACUGACAUUGCCAACAACAUUCCCAAUCCGACUCUUGCACCCACUAUCACCACUUCCUUCGCCACUAGCACCACCGCUAGCGCUUGCAUUAGCACUACCGCUACCGCUACCGCUACCAUUGCCCCUACCACCACCUCCUCCACCAGUACCACUACCGCUACGACUGCAGCUUUAAAUCCGAAGGUGACAGUAAUAGAGCCUUUAGAGAUCUAGCCUAUCCUACCAAAUCUGCCUUUGAUGUUAUUUUCGUACAGAUGCAUCAGAUGCGGAUCCUUUUCAUUCUCUAGUGUUUAAAAGUACGCAAGUUAUCGAGAAUUUAUCACUUACCUGUGGAAUCCUGAAAAACUUUGCUUGGGGAAUCCGGAAUUCCUGGGCUUUCAAAUCCGCAAUCCCACUAAUCCAGAAUCGACGAGACAGAGCACUGAAAUCCCGUACUUGAAAUCUGGAAUCCACGGCGUGGCAUCUAGAAUCCCAGACUGUCUUGAAAUCCCUUCUUUGGGGCGAGGCACUACACACGAUACCCAGUCACAAAUGGACUGGGCAAAUAGACCAUCCCUCCAACAAACAAAUCUUACAAACACAACCAGGGUAAAGGGCAUUCCCAUUCGAAGAUGGAUUUGAGCUAAUUUUGUGUACUUGUGCAAUCAAUUCUUUUUAAUCAGCUCUAGCAGACGCUUACAAGAAUGAAGGCAAUAACGCGCACAAAAGGAAAGACUACCCAGCCGCUGUACAGUUCUACUCAGAAGGACUUCAAGUGAACUGUGACGAUGACGAGCUGAAUGCUAAACUCUACAGCAACAGGGCAACGGCUUAUUUCAAUCAGAGUAAGAUGUAAAGCCAGCUUAAUUAAAAACAAUUCUUGUCAGAUGUAUCUGUUGCACCGUUUUGAUAAUUAAUUACUGAAACAGAUUCCAAUUUUCGUAACUAAUGAAUUAUUAGAUUUACUGAUAUUUUUUGCAAGUUAUAUAUAUCAAGAAAAGUAAUAAGAGCAUUUUCUUGUCUCAAGUAUGUCUAUGGUGAUUGAUGUUUCCAUGCUUCUUGGGUAUUUGCUGACUUCCUAUUAUCCCCCCUCAGGCUAGGCUAAGCGCGCACAAAGAAAGCCUCGCAAGCGAAUUUACCAAAUUUAAUUAAUGUCUCUUGUCCUUUUCAUGGUUUCAGAAAAUUAUGAAGAAACGCUAAUUGACGUGCAAAUUGCCGUUGACUUGCAGCCAACCUAUACUAAAGCCAUGGAAAGAGGUAGGUACAGUUUCCCAUCCCUUCGCUGGCUUCCUUUCCUUCGUGGGGAAACCGUAGGUGGAAGGAGCGCAGAAAUUGCAAACUGAUCACAAGUCGCUACUCAGAACUGAGUAGUGCUUUUGAUUGGUUGAAGGAAAUUUCCCUUGCGGAACGACCAGUCAGAAGUUCGUAGCCAAAUCUUGGUAGUGUCACUUCAUCUGUAUAGAAUUCUGCGUAUGCGUUCAUUCCUCGGACGUCAUUUCGAAGGUGAAAUUGCAAAGGUUGGGUAGGGAUUAAGAGAGAUGGGUUUUGGUUCCAGUUAACGGGACUUUUGAAAUAGAGAGGAAUCGAGAAAGCGGGAACAAACUAUAUAGCAAAAUAAAAAUGAUAAGCUUUUACAUCUGUUUAUUUGUUGUUUUGUUUGGUCGAUGUAGUUGUUGUUGUGGGUCUUUUAACGCUAAUUUUUUGGUUUCAGGAGCAAAUGCCUGUUUGCAACUUGGUUUAUAUGGAGAAGCCAUUAAUUGGUGCGAUAAAGGAUUGGCAGUAUCCUAUUGAAUUAUUCCGUUAACGUCUUUCCCAUGCACAUGCGUUUUUGUAUACAUAUAUACAUAUAUAUAUAUAUAUAUAUAUAUAUAUAUAUAUAUAUAUAUAUAUAUUUUUUUUUUUUUUUUUUUUAUAUAGAAGAUAUUAAUUUGUGAGAUAAAGGAUUGGCAAUAUUAUAUUAUAUUAUUUCUUUAAUGUCUUUCCCAUACACAUUCGUUUUUGUAUAUAUAUAUAUAUAUAUAUAUAUAUAUAUAUAUAUAUAUAUAUAUAUAUAUAUAUAUUUUUUUUUUUUCAAAAAGCUGUUUAGCCAAAGCUACUCUUGUCAGUGGCUGUUUAAAUAUUUACCGUAUUUAUUCGAAUAAGCGCCCAACCUCGAACUAGCGCCCACCUCGAAUAAGCGUCCACCCCUCCCCCUCCCGCUCAAACUCAAAUUGCGGGUGAAAUUGAAAUUAAAUAAGUACUAAUAAGAGACUUCCCCGAAGGCGGAGUUUUCUUCAUAGUAUUUCACAAAAACCUUGCUUUGUUACAUCUUAGCGUUUUGUUAUUACCACUUGUCGUUUUGUUCCCAAAUAUACAUACUACACUUGCUGAACAUGGUGAUAAGCGCCCACUCUCAAGGUCCAAAAAUUUAUUGAGUGCUCAGGGCAGUUAAUCGAAUAAAUAUGGUAAUACACAUUUUGGCAACUCUGUCGGGCAUUGGGUUGCUAUGGUUACAAGGUAUAGCGUCAAAAAUAACACUAUGUAAGAGCAUUUUCCCGAAAAAAUGCACGUUUUUUACAAUUUUUGGUAAAUAACGUACAGAGCAAUUCCAAAACCCAAUAAUGUUUAAUAAUAACUUUUUUACACCUACUCAAUGAAAAGUUUCUAGACUGUUGGUAUAAAUGUGAAUUUUCAGAAAAGCCACGAUGGUAGCUUAGAAAGCAACCAAGAUGGCGACCAUUUUGAAUGACGUUAAAACCCCCAUCUUAUUGCGCUAGUCGUAGGCUAUCCAGUGACCUUUAAUCUUUGUAUAAUAUUUAAUCAAGGCCAAAAGCCAGGGAAGGAGCUCCUACUACCCGCUUCCCUGCCAUUUUGUACCAUGAUGAGAGUAUUGGUCUAUUUGUAGUUUUUAGACUUAAUUAAGCAUAUAGUUGUUUAAAUUUAACUAAAAAAGAUCGACAAGGAAAACAAGACUCUUUCUGAAUUGAGGAGCAAGACUAUUGCGGAAAGAGACAAACCAAAGGUAUUUUAAUCGUUCAAAAUGCAGUACCAAUUGCACUGAUACUACGAUAAGAAGAGGAAAUCAUGCGCAGUAUAGACAUCCCGAGUGGUGUAAAACCAGCCUAGUCCCUAGGCGUUUUCUCUUGACCCGUUGUCCGCUCGAAGUCUGGGAAAGAGUGGGCGAGUUUCUCUCGGUGACGUCACAGCUCACGGUAGAGUCCAGGAUUGACGGGGCCAAGAACGCACAGGGACUGGGCUGGUUUAAAACCAUUGGCUAUCACUAAUAGAGAUCCGAAUUCCAUAAAAACAAUACAAAGUUUGCCUCGUAACUUUGGAUCAGGUUAGGUUUCUGGGAAACUACCCACCUACCCCUCCCCUAAGCUAACAUUCACUUACUUCUCGUUUAGGGCAAAAUGUUAAUUUAGGGGAGGCGUAGGUGGGCAGGUUCCCAGAAACCUAACUUGAUCCAUUGUUUUCUACCCAUUAGUACUUAAACUACUUACUUGCCAAAUUUUCAGGAACAAAUGACGAGGGAUUUCCCUGGGGGAUUUUCUGCGCCUGGAGGAAGUUUUGCUGGAAUCCCUGGACUUGCAGGAGGUUUCCCUGCUGGCACCAGUGGAGGAGGGAUGUCUGCGGAGGCAAUACUUGGAGGUAGUAGAGAGCAUUUGGAAUUUACAUCUGGAGCAGGGUUGUUACGGCCUAAUUUUCUUCCACACACAAGCAUAUCCAUACCUCUGCCAUGGGACAAAGUGUAAAUAUGGGCACUAAGAGUCUAAGUUUGAAACAUUUGAGGAUGGCGCUAAAUUUAGAAAUUUCCUUGCUCAAAGUGCCAAAUUUGUAAUCAUUUUAAAUAUCUUUUACUAUAUUGUGGUCGCCUACUCAGUAGUCGAAAGAUGAUGAUGUUGAUGGUGAUGACGAUGAUGGUAGUGGUGAUGGUGCUCCUGAUGAUGAUGAUGAUUCUGGAUGAUGGUGGCGAUGAUGAUGAUGAUGAUGAUGACGAUAAUAAUGAUGAUGAUGAUGUUGCUGGUGCUGUUGAUGAUGCUGGUGAUAAUUAUGAUGCAUGAUGAUAAUGAUGACCAUGCUUAUGAUGAUGAGGAUGAUGAUGAUGCGAUUAAGGAAAUUAAAUCUUACUCCCGAUCCUAAGUCUGUAUGCAAUAAUGCUGUGGACUGCAAACUUUGCCUUAUCUUGUGUAUAAUAGUUUAUUUCUUUCGAUUCAAUUGUGUUAUAUCAUUGACCAUUUCUAGGAGGUGAAACACCCAUUCUGAACGACUUACUGAGUGACAAAGAAUUGGUCGCAGCAUUCCAGGUUAGUUCAUGAUCAGUAUUGUACAUAAUACAAAACGAAUUCAGUUAGUAAUAUAACUGGAGCCGUUGUUUGUGUCCGCACGCAACCCAGGCAACUUUACAAGGGUCUGAUCGACAAUAAAAGGUACAAUCCUCGUCACAUUAAGUUGGGACAUUUCGUGCAAUACCCAUAUUCCGACAAAAAGUUGUGCUCCUUCCCUCCCAGUGUUUAAUUUUUUUGCUUCUGUGAUGCCAACUCGCAGAAAUCAACACUGAGGAGGCAGAAAAAAUGACUACUGUCCUAACUAAUAUGACGAGUAUUGUAUAGCUUUAAUUAAAAGAUCAGCCUGUUUGAAAUUCACACAAAAAGCGUAACUUCAAUUCUUCAAUGAACCAAGUGCAGCUCUUGCAGCUGGACUGCCCCAUGUAAGGGACCCCGGAAAUUUGGCCAGUGGAAUCCGGACUCCGGAAAAUUUUGCUUGUGGAAUUCCGGAAUCAUGGGCUUCGGAAUCCGGAAUACUGCUCAAGGAAUCCGGAAUCCAAGUUCUGCUGACAGAGACUGGAAUCCAGUAUUUGGAAUCCUGAAAUACAUGCUUUGGAAUCCAGAGUACCAGAAUGUCUUGGAUUCCUUUACAUGGAGCAAUGGACUGCCACAUGUUACGUAAAUUACCAUCUUAGAUGGAAGCCCUGUUUGUCCUACUACGCUGCAUACUAUACCCAAGCGAGUUGUUUUUGUGCAAUGUGACCGAAGUAGUGGAAAGAGGGUUUUAAUUUUACAAUAGUCCAGUGUUGAUUGUAUCAUAAUUACAAGGAAAAGAAUUGUAGCCGAUAAAUAAGUCAAAAAGUGAAUAAAUUUGAUUUGUCAAUUAAAAUAAUGAUGUUAUUAAGAUGCCGACUAUUUGACUUUCAGGAUCCUGAAACAAUGCAAGCUUUCCAAGAUGUCAGCCAAAACCCGUCGAACCUAUCUAAAUACGGAAACAAACCGAAAUUAAGAACUAUUAUUGAUAAGUUGGACAAGAAAUUUGGUCCCCCGGGAACUGGCCCGCCGCCCGGGAGUGGAAGCGGGUUUUCGGGUGGCUUUUCGGGCGGUAUGCCUUUCGGCAACAUGUUUGGAGGGCCUUAA